AUGACCGGACCUUCCAAGCACGACACGAUCUACGCCUUGUCGUCUGGUCAGGGCAGGGCUGGCAUUGCCGUCAUCCGCGUGUCAGGUCCCGCAUGUCAGGAUGUGUACAGGAGCCUCUGCCCCGGGAAACAACUCCCCAAGCCAAGAUAUGCGGCGGUCAGGACGCUCUACGAUCCUGAGCGGCCGGACAAGACCCACAUCCUGGAUUCUGAAGCUGUGACCCUGUAUCUCCCGGCUCCCAAGACGGUCACCGGCGAGGAUGUUCUGGAGCUGCACGUUCACGGCGGCCCUGCCACCAUUAAGGCUGUGUUGGGCGCCAUACCGCGGUGUGCAAGUGCCCCUGGGCUGCAGUCCAUCCGCUACGCCGAGCCAGGUGAAUUCACCAAACGCGCCUUUCUCCACGACCGGCUGGACCUGUCUCAGGUGGAAUCCCUAAGUGAUGUUCUGGCGGCGGAGACAGAACAACAGCGACGCGCAGCUGUCCGUGGGAAUUCUGGGCUCAGGGGGCAGACGUACGAUGCCUGGCGCUCGGAUCUACUCCUCGCGCGCGGCGAGAUCGAGGCGCUGAUAGACUUCUCCGAAGAUCAGCAUUUUGACGAGUCGCCCCGUGAACUCCUGCAUAAUGUCACGUCCUUGGUGCAGCAGAUCCUAGCUUCGAUAGACCGGCAUGAGCUCGCCGGCCAGAGAACUGAGCUGCUUAAGAAUGGCAUCAGGAUCGCGCUGCUUGGCCCGCCGAAUGUGGGCAAGAGCUCACUGAUGAACCUCAUCGUGGGCCGCGAGGCAUCGAUAGUCUCUCGCGAGGCUGGCACGACGAGAGAUAUUGUCGAAGCCAGCCUCGACAUUGGAGGCUACCUAUGCACCUUUGCUGAUACAGCCGGCAUCAGGACUCGUGCCCUGGAGGAUGACGCCGCCAUCGGCGCCAUCGAGGAAGAAGGCAUUAAGAGGGCAAGGCUCAAGGCUCUGAGUUCAGAUGUGACCAUCGUCUUGGCUUCCGUGGAAAGAGAUGACACGGGCGUCGCCUUUCUCAAUUAUGACGCUGAGACGCUGGAGCUGGCUGCUCGAGCGGAACAGCGCAUCGUCGUCGUGAACAAAUGCGACUGUGUUGAUCAAUCGACUCUGGACGAUCUUUUGCGCGGGUUCAAACCCCCCGUCCUGGACAGGAUCCCGGGAGCAGAUGCUAUCAUCACAAUCUCUUGCAAGGCAGCCGCACUGUCGUCUGUGUUCACACAAAAGGACCCCGGCGGUAUCCACCACCUGACGCGAAAGCUUAUCUGCUCUUUCGAGAGGCUGACCUCCCUGCCCGAGGAUAUGCAAGAGUUGUUAGGCGGCACGGAGAGGCAGCGGCAGCUGUUGGCGCAGUGCAGGGAGCAUCUCGAGGCGUUUAUGAAAGAAGCUGCAGGCACAGGAGAAGAUGAUGUUCAAGGUGAGGAGAAUGUAGGUGAUAAAGAACCGGACAUCGUUCUGGCCGCCGAGAGCCUCCGCUGCGCAGGCGAUUGCCUAGCACGGAUCACUGGCCGGGGUGAAGCUGGUGAUGUGGAGGAGGUUUUGGGGGUGAUCUUUGAGAAGUUUUGUGUAGGAAAAUGA